AUGGUUCAAAUCGAGAAGAUCACGCCUGGAGAUGGCAAGAACUUCCCUAAGAAGGGGGACACGGUGACGAUGCAGUACAUCGGUACGCUGGCUGCCAACGGUAAGGAGUUCGAUUCCUCGCGCAAGCCCGGUCGUGGACCUUUCGAGACCGCCAUCGGCGUCGGCCGCGUCAUUCAGGGUUGGGACGAGGGCGUUCCCCAGCUGAGCCUCGGCGAGAGGGCCAAGCUCCACAUCCCCGCCAACGAGGGCUACGGCGCUCGUGGCGCCGGCGGCGUCAUUCCCCCCAACGCAGACCUCAUCUUCGACGUCGAGCUCCUCGCUAUCAACGGCAAGAGCGGUAAGUAG